AUGGCCCAAUUCCAAGAUUCCAAGACUCCGGGAGCCCUGAUGACGAAGGGGUUAAGAUUCAGCUCCUGGCCACGCCUCCUAGACCUAUUCACUGAUUUCUACCUUCCUGAUGUCUUAUUAUAUCUACUCUUGAAGCUGCGGAUUGAGCCUCCAUCACUACCUCAUUCCAUGUUCAAUCCUCCUGAAACUACAGAAAUGCCUUACAAUCCAAUGGUUCAAGCGCGCUUCUGUUCCUUCAAAAAAGACUUAGAAAAUCAGCCUGCGCCUUAUAUGCGAGACAUGGACAGACAUCUUAGAAUACACACUGGAGAACGACCGUUCCACUGUGAUGUAUGCGGCUCCUCAUUUGCCCGGCCCCAGACUCUUCAGGAACACAAAAAUCGUCACUUUAACUUUAAGCCUUAUGUGUGCAAAAUAUGCAGCAAAAGCUUCCAUGAACUUGCUGCUUGUUCGAGACAUGUAAAGGGUCUUCAUGGGAAAGAGAAAGGAAACUUGCCUGCAUCUGCCAACAUACUUCGACUUACAAACGCUGAUCAACAACAGGAUGAACCAGGGAAGCAGAGCAUCCUUAUUACUCAGCUUAAUGUAGAGAAUGGAAGAGAUAAAAGGACAAUAGAGGACAGAGAUAGUGAAGAGGAAGACAUUAACAAUGAAAACAAGGGAGCUGAGGAGAAGGAAGGAGGAGAAAUGAAACAUCAUAUAUUUGUUAUUCACACAGCUGACACUGAAGAAACAGAACUUAUCACCAUUGCUGAGCCUUCAAAUUCUCACUGUAAUUAUUAG